UGUGAUCAUAGCAAAUUAGAAACCUGACGAGAGACCAUCUCUCUCUUUCUCUCUUGAUCUGAGUAGUUUGUAUGAUCUGAGACUGAGUAGUAGUCAUGUUCAUGCUUGAUUGGUUCUAUGGCGUCCUCGCUUCGUUAGGGUUAUGGCAGAAGGAGGCUAAGAUCUUGUUUCUAGGACUCGAUAAUGCUGGUAAAACCACCUUGCUUCAUAUGUUGAAAGACGAGAGAUUGGUACAGCAUCAGCCGACGCAGCAUCCAACCUCUGAAGAACUCAGCAUUGGGAAAAUCAAGUUCAAGGCUUUUGAUUUGGGUGGUCAUCAGAUUGCUCGGAGGGUGUGGAAGGAUUACUAUGCCAAGGUGGAUGCUGUGGUCUACCUAGUUGAUGCUUACGACAAAGAGAGAUUUGCAGAAUCGAAAAAGGAACUCGACGCACUUCUCUCAGACGAAUCCCUAGCCAACGUUCCAUUCCUCAUUCUAGGAAACAAAAUUGACAUACCCUAUGCUGCAUCAGAGGACGAGCUCCGUUACCAUCUUGGCCUCUCCAACUUCACUACAGGAAAGGGUAAAGUGAAUCUAACGGAUUCGAAUGUAAGGCCAUUGGAGGUUUUCAUGUGCAGCAUCGUCAGGAAAAUGGGUUAUGGCGAAGGCUUUAAAUGGCUCUCUCAAUACAUCAAGUAAGACUACUAGAUUCCCCAUGGGUAUAUAAUUAAACCUAAGUUUCUUUAAAUCUCGUUUUCUUUUUCUUUUUUGUACUUUGUCUUGCUCCUUUUUUUUUUUUUUAAAUGUGUUGUAAGAAAAUGUCAUAAAACGUAGCUUCUCGUUUGUCUGAUCCUGCACUGGUUUGUUUCUUGUAGUGAUUUUUUUUUACAUUACAUGCUUCGUUACUUAUCCUCGAUAUAUUAUUGAAAUAAAAGAUGAAAAAGUUUUCUAUA